AUGAUCGAGACGGAGCUUUCUUCAUGGUUUUAUCUUGCAGAGCGAUGGAAAGCCGUCUUGCUCAUCGACGAGGCCGACAUUUUUCUCGAACGUCGUAAACAUACAGAUCUUGCUCGUAAUGGAAUUGUCUCGGCAUUUCUACGUAAGAUGGAAUAUUUUCAAGGUCUCCUUUUUCUCACGACGAAUCGAGUUGGUCAGAUCGAUGAAGCUUUUACCUCACGUGUUCAUGUCGUGAUUGAAUAUCCACCUCUUGAUGACGAGAGUCGUCGUCAAAUCUGGGACGGUCUUUUUGAAAAAAUGUACAACGAAACCGAUGGAAAGAUUAAACUGAGUCUGGAUACAAAGAAAUGUGUGAAGCAAGAUGCCGAACGCUUGGGUAUAGGUUUGAACAAAAGAGAAAUCCGUAACGCACUUCAAACUGCGAUUUCACUUGCAGAUUUCGAAGCCAAAGGGGAACGUGGGUAUAAAGAAAGUGAUCCCAUUAAUGUGGAAAAGGGACAUUUUGAAAGAGUUUUCGAAUUGAGCAAAUCAUUCCGCAGUUAUCUCAACUCGAUCAAACGCGAUACUCCGGAAUCAAGAGCACAGAAUUAUUAUGGUAGAAAUGAUAGUUAUCGGGGGACAAUGGAUGAGCGGGCGCGCUAG